AUGCUUGAUAAAUUUCAGCCUACAGAAGAUGGUGGCACCCAGUGCGUCUCGCAGCCCUGCCUGAACAACGGCUCCUGUCAUGACAACAUCCGCGGGUACACGUGCAACUGCCCCCGUGGCUACGAGGGCAGGAAUUGCGCCUACGGUGAGGUCCUGUGCUGGGCUGCUGCCCAAACCCUGCAGCUAAAAAUGAAUGUCACCCAGAGAGGGCUGACGGAUGUCAACAUUUUUGCCAUCCAGGACAGGAAUCCUAUACGUGCACUUGCGCUAAGGGUUAUCAACUUGGUGCAGAUGGCAAAUCGUGCAUUCCAAACGGUAAAAUUAACAAAUUCCGAAGGAAAAGACUUCUGUGGUGGUGUUAUAAUACGGGAAAAUUUUGUCCUGACAACAGCAAAAUGUUCACUCAUGCAUAGAAAUAUUGUUGUGACGACAAAUUUUAACAGAACGAGUAAUGACCUACUGACGAUUAAGAAAAUUCAUGUGCACAUGAGGUAUAACGAAGACACCGGAGAAAAUAACUUGUCACUGUUAAAGCUGGAGGAACCAGUCCAGUGCCUCAGCAACAGGCUUCCCAUCUGCAUGCCUGAAAAGGACUUUGCGGAACACGUUCUCAUUCCAGGCAAAGUGGGCCUUGUCAGCGGCUGGACAGUCAAUGGGACUGAAUUAGGUGACUCACUAGUGAAGCUGCCAGUUACAUAUCUUGAUGGUGACGAAUGUGAAGAAGUACUUAAUGUGACAGUCACAACAAGGAUGUAUUGUGAGAAGAGUGAAUUGGUAGCCAGGCCGUGGGUGGAGGGAAGCAUCGUUAUGAGAGAACACAGUGGUACCUGGUUUUUGACAGGGAUUAUGGACUCAUCACGAACAGAAGAGUAUGGACAGUUUCCUCCCCUCUACAUGGAAACACUAAUAGCAUCUACCAAGUAG